AUGAAUAGACAAACAUCAUCUGAUAACAUGUCAUCAUCAACAUCUAAUGAUUCUGAUGGUGGAGAUAAAAGUGAAAAAGAUGUUAAUAAAUUAACAGAAAAUAUGUUUAAAAAAGUUACAGAAUAUUUAAAAGGAGAAAUUUUAGCUACAACUGAAGAUUAUAGACUUUUGGAAAAUAUGAAUAUACUUACAAAAGAAAGAUAUAAUGAAAUGUCGUUUAUGGCACAAAAUUUAGUUGUGGAAAUGUCAAAAUUACAAGAAAUUUAUAGUGAUUUUGAACCAUAUGUUAAACAAAUAGAUGAAAUAAGUGAACAGGUUGACUUUUUAGAAAAAGUAACAAAUGAAUUGGAUGAUUAUUCAAAAGAAUUAGAAUCAAGGUUAAAGAAAAUAUCUAAAUGA